AAAAUUCUAUUGAAAAUGCCUCAAAUCUUACAUGUUUUACCAGCUGAAUUGAAGAAGAGAAUUCGACCUCAACUUCCGUCUGUUAAUCUGAUACAGUAGUCAUUUUCUAUCAAAAUAAAGACAACCCGACCCAAAAUGACGCUGUUUUGGCUUAGUUAUGCCUCUUUUCGCAGGAGCUUCGAAAUUGCAGAUUGAAACAUCGAAGUUUUCGAAAAUCUGAAAAAGAAAAUGAUCAGUAUUUGUCGCGAAUAUGAUCACGAAAUUUUCUAAUUAUGAGCCAUAGAUAGAGCUUCUCAAGGGCUACAAAAUGCUUAUUUUCUUUGAUUUCAAUCGUAACUAGCCAACGAACACACGAGCAAAAACGGUUUUUCAUCAUUGAAAGUUGGCCUUUUCGUAUGUCUUCAGUACUAUUUAAAGCGUUUCUCCCUUAACUGUCUUCAAAAGAGUUCUCGACAUGCGUUUUGCCAAGAAUAGAGUGGCGCAUCUUUUAGAAAAAAAUUUAAUCUUGUACAAUGAAAAUUGAACGAGAUAUUAGCGAAAUACUGAGACUUUCAUUUAUUCUGGGCCACCCGUUAGAAAACAUUAAAAAAAAUCUUCCGAGUAGCACUCUUUUUCUAUUGAACAAAAUCAAUUUCUUCUAAGUAUGCGCGUGUCAAAAACUAGAUCCUACUUGAAACCUUCUCUGAAUGAAAUUUUUCAUAAAACCGUAAGUCAACGAACAAGAGUGAUCUCGACUACAGGUAGUUCUUUGUCUGUAUAUGCUAUGAUUAAUUUACACAGGAAGCUCGUAAGUAAUUUAAUAGACGCAAUCUCAACAAUCGUACGAAGAUUUCAAAUCGAAACCGUGCUCUAAGAAUGCUUUGACUCUUACUUAGAUUGAUUUGCAAACGGUCAAUGCUUCAAAUCGAAAACGCACGAGGGACUGCAUUUUUUGUUUCAAACCCAUUGACGAAGCUAAUUAUAUAGCUCAUGUACAAGCAUGCCUUCCUCAAUCACCAGAUGAUACCACUUCUAGUACUGCGAAUACAUACACCAAAGAUUCAUGUUUGAAUUGGUAAGUCAUUUCUAUGAUAUUUUGUUCUCUUGACAAAAUUUUCUAUUCAAUGAAUUACUCUCAUUUAGUAUAGUGCACAAAUAGAAAUUAAAAUAAAAGUUUUGUUUUUCUUUAUAUGAUCUUUAGCAUGAAAUUUGAUUAGAUUUAAUAUUUUCUAUAAAUAACAAACUCUAAUGAUAUCAUUUUUCUUUUCAAUUUAGUUCAUCAACUGUUAGUCAAACUAAUGGUACAGCUAUUCUAAUUCCAUGUCAAUCGCAUCACGUCUACUGUUUGCGUUGUCUUCGAAAUUCGCUAGAUGGAUUUCUUGAAUCGGGAUCUAUUCCGGUAUGUCAUUCAAUGUUCUGUGACUAUCAGCUGUCUCGUUAUGAUCUAUCAUUAAUUCCUCUCGACGAGCAUACAUUUCGACGUCUCUUGGCUCUUGUUCAAACUCAACAACGUCCACAAUGUCCAAGAUGUCAUUUCUACAUUGAUCUUGACAUCAUAGCUGAUUUUAAUCAACACGUGAACAUGUGCGAUCUAGAAAAUGCAGUGUCUUGUGAUUAUUGUCGUUGUCCACAGUCGAUGAGUCAAUUGGAUGAACAUGUACGACAGUGGCGUAAUGAUCCGAUGUAUCGACAAGAAAAGUUGGUCGAUUUUAUUCUUCCUCGAACCAAAUAUCCAUUUAGUUCUCAACAGAUUGAUUUUUUUAUUGAAAUGGAAAAGAAAAAUCAUCGACGUAUUGAUGCACUCUCGAUUGUCGAAGCACUUGCCGAAUUUGAAUCUGUGUUUCCAUAUGAACUUCCCAGUCGUGAAUGUGACACAUGUAUAGAAUUAUGUCUGUACGAUGAUAUAUAUGUUUUUGGUUGUCCUGAUAGUCAUAAACUUUGCUACAAAUGUUAUGAAAUAUUAUGUAGAACAAAGAUGAAGAAUAACGAGAUUCUAACGUGUGGAAUUUGUUCGUAUCAGCUUCCAUACAUUGAACUGAAGCAAUUGCGAGUUUCACCAGCAGAACGAGAUCAAUUUGUUCAAUAUCAAGUGCAGAAGACAUUCGAACGUUACACGGGUAGUGAUAGAGGCGUUAUUAAAUGUCCGAAUCAAAAUUGCAAAUGGGCAUUUGAACCUGAAAAUCCGAUGGAACGUUUUCGUGUCGAGUGUCAACUAUGUACUAACGAAUUUUGUUCAUUGUGCAAUCAACAGUAUCAUUACCGAACACGCUGUCAACAGUUACUAGAGAUAACACGACAAUGGUUCUUUUGGUGUAAUACAGAGCGUGGUCGUUAUCUACAGACAAAGGCAAAAGCAAAUGCUGCCUAUGCAGCUAGAUUGAAGGAAUAUGAGCGACAACAGAAGGCACAUGGGGCACAAAAUGCAGCGUUGCGUCGCCGAUAUCAGGCAUUAGUAGCUGAUGAAAAGUAUAAAGAAAAGAAUUGUCGCCUUUGUCCACAUUGUGGUCGAGUUGUACAACAUAUGGGAGGUUGCUCAUCAAUGGUAUGUGGAAGAGAUUAUCACGGUGGGAAUGAUCAAUCGGGUUGUGGACAAAGUUUUUCCUGGGAUCAGGCGAAACCAUAUGUAGCAGCACCAGACCGAAAACCGGAAGAAGUUAUGCGGGAUUUACUAAAUCCUGAAAAUAAGCUUGUCGUACACGAAAAUAUUAAGUGA